AGCGUCAACCACGUGGGAAAAAUGGCGCUCUCUCCGGAAGCUAAAAAGAAGGAGAAAAAAAAGAGGAAGAGUUCUGAGAGUUUGGAUGUUGGGGAGAUCCAACAGUCUGAGAACUUUCAGGUGCAGCCGUCGGAUAAAGUGAAGCAAUUGGACACCAGCCAAUGGCCUCUGUUACUCAAGAAUUUUGACAAGUUAAACAUUCGCACAACCCAUUACACACCCAUCCCGUCAGGCUGCUCACCGCUCAAACGACCCAUUCAGGAGUAUGUCCGGAGUGGAUUUAUUAACCUAGACAAGCCAGCUAAUCCAUCUUCACAUGAAGUCGUCGCAUGGAUUAAAAGGAUAUUACGGGUAGAGAAAACAGGUCACAGUGGAACACUUGACCCCAAAGUCACAGGAUGUCUCAUCGUCUGUAUAGAACGAGCCACACGAUUGGUCAAAUCUCAGCAAGGGGCUGGCAAAGAAUAUGUCUGCAUUUUCAAACUUCACAGUCAAGUCCCAGAAGAACGAAGAGUUCGACAGAGCCUGGAGUCGUUGACCGGCGCACUAUUUCAAAGACCUCCGCUGAUCUCCGCAGUGAAGCGACAGCUCCGUAUUAGGACUGUGUAUGAGUGUAAGCUGAUCGAGUAUGACGCCGAGAAAACCAUGGGUAUAUUCUGGGUGAGUUGCGAGGCGGGCACAUACAUCCGUACCAUGUGUGUCCACCUGGGCCUCUUGUUGGGGGUCGGGGGACAGAUGCAGGAACUAAGGCGGGUACGCUCAGGGAUACAGUCAGAAAAGGAAGGUUGUGUGACAAUGCAUGAUGUACUGGAUGCCCAAUGGACAUACGACAAUCACAAAGAUGAGUCGUAUCUGAGGCGGGCAAUCAAACCCCUGGAGGCUCUGCUUACCUCCCACAAACGUCUCAUCAUGAAAGAUACAGCAGUGAAUGCGGUGUGUUAUGGUGCCAAAAUCAUGUUGCCAGGAGUCCUGAGGUACGAGGACGGAAUAGAGGUCAACGAUGAAAUCGUCAUAGUUACGACGAAAGGGGAAGCCAUAGCUUUAGGAAUUGCUCAAAUGACAACGGCUGUCAUGGCAACCUGUGAUCAUGGCAUUGCUGCUAAGAUUAAACGAGUGAUCAUGGAGAGAGAUACAUAUCCCAGGAAGUGGGGCUUAGGACCAAAGGCAUCAAUCAAGAAGAAGAUGAUCGCAGAAGGUAAAUUAGAUAAAUAUGGCAAACCAAACGAGAAAACUCCUAAGGACUGGCUCACUUCAUACAUAGAUUACAGGUAUGUGAAAAAAAUAUUUCCGUUUUCAAGUGGUGACACCCCUUCAACCCCAGCUGCCAAGAGGAAACAUGCCACUGAAUCCUCAAGCAGUGAUGAAGCCGAUGCUGCCCCAAGUGCCACCCCCACCCCCGAUCCUGGUCCUGAUACAUCAACUUCUGAGAAAAAGAAGAAGAAAAAGAAGAAAAAGGAGCAGCAGUCUGAGGGAGAGGAGGCAGAGGUGAGCUGUAACAAAUUUGCUGCUUGAAGUCUUCUCAGAAAGAUUUGAGUCCGUGGGGCCUGACUGUGUCGAAUAGUUCAAGUUCUGAUUAUAUUAGUCAUUUAACCAAUCACAUACACGUGUACAAAAGCCAAUAAAACCCCUUUCCUGCAGUGUGUGCAUAUACAUUAAUUGAGCGAUGAAAAGUAUACAUUAAUCAUGUAGAAUUUCAUGCCUAAAAACCAGACUGUCGUAAUUCCUUGACCCUUUCGUUUGUGAAAGGGCAGCUUUCAGUGCAAUUUAUGCACAUUUUUAAUUUGAUGUUGGAGACAAAACUACACUGGGUCGGUUGUCUGGUCUCUGGCAUCACAAAAAGUGUGAUUUUAUCCGUCAACACAGAAUAAUGCCUUUAGAAUAUGUUUGAAUAAAAACGUCACAAACAUGGCAAAAGGUUGAAGAAUUACAGUAAUAUUGGGGCAAAUGUCGCUUACCAGAUCUUUUACUCAUAAAUUUCAUUUCUUUUGUUUGUGUCUCAAGGUUUCAUCAGAAAAAA